AUGGCUCCAGCCGGCGGUGGAAAUAUCAAGGUGGUGCUAACGUCAACGGCGUCGUCACUAGAAAACGAGCGCAAUGCAAAAUGCAUCGUACAAAUGAAAGGGAACCAGACGGUUCUCACACCGCCCCCCGGUGCCGAAGAGAAGAUGCGCAAAGGUGGCAUGAAGGGUACGCCGGACGGUCCGAAGACGUUUGCGUUCGAUAGAUCAUACUGGUCGUUUGACAAGAGUGCCCCCAAUUAUGCCGGACAGGAGAAUCUCUUUGCAGACCUGGGUGUCCCGCUUCUCGACAAUGCCUUUCAGGGCUAUAACAAUUGUAUCUUUGCCUACGGUCAGACGGGUUCGGGAAAGUCGUACUCGAUGAUGGGCUACGGCAAAGAGCAUGGUGUUAUCCCGAAAAUUUGCCAGGACAUGUUCAAGCGGAUUGCUACGAUACAGGAAGACAAGAAUUUGAACUGUACAGUGGAAGUCUCAUACCUGGAAAUCUAUAAUGAACGUGUCCGCGAUCUGCUCAAUCCAGCCACCAAAGGCAAUCUUAAAGUUCGCGAGCAUCCGUCAACUGGUCCAUAUGUCGAGGAUCUGGCAAAGCUUGUCGUGCGCUCUUUCCAAGAGAUCGAGAAUCUCAUGGACGAAGGUAACAAAGCCAGAACGGUCGCCGCGACCAACAUGAACGAAACCUCCAGUCGAUCGCACGCCGUGUUUACUCUCACUUUAACGCAGAAACGACACGAUGCAGAGACGACGAUGGACACAGAAAAGGUUGCCAAAAUCAGUCUGGUUGAUUUGGCUGGUUCUGAGAGAGCGACGUCUACAGGUGCAACCGGUGCUCGACUGAAGGAAGGAGCGGAAAUCAAUCGUUCUCUUUCAACUCUCGGCCGUGUUAUUGCAGCUCUCGCAGAUCUUUCGUCGGGCAAGGGCAAGAAAGGGACAUUGGUUCCAUAUCGUGAUUCCGUAUUGACGUGGCUGCUCAAGGAUUCCCUCGGAGGAAAUUCGAUGACCGCCAUGAUUGCAGCUAUCUCUCCGGCAGACAUUAAUUUCGAGGAGACUCUGAGCACAUUGAGAUAUGCAGACUCGGCAAAACGGAUCAAGAAUCAUGCUGUGGUCAACGAAGACCCCAACGCUCGCAUGAUCCGUGAACUGAAAGAAGAACUGGCUCAACUGAGAAGCAAGCUUGGUGGCGGUGCAGGUUCAAUAGCGUCAGGUGGUGGCUCGGGAGUUCCAAUGGAGGAAUCUUACCCCCCUGAUACACCUUUAGACCAGCAGAUGGUGUCUAUAGCGCAACCAGACGGUACCAUCAAGAAGGUCAGCAAGGCUGAGAUCGUCGAACAGCUCAAUCAGAGCGAAAAAUUAUACAAGGACCUGAAUGAGACAUGGGAGGAAAAGCUUGCGAAGACCGAAGAGAUUCAGAAAGAACGUGAGGCCGCUCUAGAAGAACUGGGUAUUAGCAUUGAAAAGGGAUUCGUGGGUCUCAGUACGCCAAAGAAAAUGCCUCACUUGGUGAACUUGAGUGACGACCCGCUCCUGACAGAAUGUCUCGUCUAUAAUAUCAAACCGGGUCAGACGCGGGUGGGCAACAUCGACCAGGAAAAUGCAGCUGAAAUUCGACUGAAUGGCUCCAAGAUUCGUCAACAACAUUGCAUCUUCGAGAACGUGGACAAUGUGGUUACACUCAUUCCUAGCGAAGGAGCUGCUAUUAUGGUCAAUGGUCUACGAGUCGAAAAACCAACGCGCCUUCGAAGUGCAUGUCGAAUUAUCCUUGGCGAUUUCCAUAUUUUCAGAUUUAAUCACCCGGAAGAAGCUCGUGCAGAGAGAGUGGAACAGAGUCUGCUGCGCCAUUCAGUGACUACUAGCCAGUUAGGAUCCCCGGCGCCUAGCAGAACGCAUGAUCGCACGAUGAGCAAGGCUGGAUCUGAGGUCGAGGGUGAAAUGUCCCCGACUCCGACCCCCUAUCGUGGCGGGCGAGAUGCAGACUGGUUUUACGCUCGCAGAGAGGCUGCCAGCGCAAUCCUCGGCCCUGACCAAAAGAUCUCUGACCUCAACGAUGAUGAAUUAAAUGCGCUCUUCGAUGACGUGCAGAAAGCUCGUGCUGUUCGUCGGGGGUUGUUGGAGAACGACGAAGAUACUGAUUCGCUUAGUUCCUUCCCAGUUCGCGAUAAAUACAUGUCCAACGGGACCAUUGAUAACUUUUCUCUCGACACUGCAAUCACAAUGCCUGGAACACCUCGACAAAUUGAUGAGGAGGAAGGGGAGUUUUCAUUACAGGCAGCUCGAGACGAUAUGCAACGCCAACUUGAUAGACAGAAAGGCGAAUUUCAAGAGAAAUUGAAAGCAGAGGCGCCCCAUGCUGAUGUGGAAGAAGUUCGCCAACAAAGGACUCGCAUGGAGGAAGCUCUUCGGACAGCCAAGGCUGAUUUUGAGAAACAGCUCCAGAAACAGAAAGAGCAGUACGAAAACCACAUCAAGGAGAUGGGCCAUCCUGUCCCAAAAAUUUAUGAGAACGGAUUCGCAAAGCUGGAGCCCGAAGAGAUUGAAGUUGCUAAAACUGUCGUCCGCCACUGGUCUAAAAGGAACUAUGUCCGAAUGGCCGAAUCUAUUCUACAGCACGCUUCGUUGUUGAAAGAGGCUCAAGUGAUGAGUCAGAUAAUGGACAAGAAUGUUGUCUUUCAGUUUGCAAUUAUUGAUGAUGGACACAACAUGGUGUCAUCCUACGAUCUGGUCUUGAAUGGUAUCUCUGGCGAAGAUGAUAGUGCGUUGGACGAGGUCAAGAAGCCCUGUGUUUGCGUUCGAGUGAUCGAUUUCAAGCACUGUGCCAUUCAUCUCUGGUCGAUGGAGAAACUUCAAAAACGUGUUCAAGCGAUGCGUCAGAUGCACCAGUAUAUUGAUCGACCGGAUUAUAUCCAGCAUUUCAAACUCGAGAAUCCCUUUUCGGAAACGUGUCCAGCUCAGUAUUCCCUAGUCGGCGAUGCAGAUAUCCCGUUGACCGCUGUGUUUGAAACCCGCGUCCAGGAUUUCUCCGUGGAGGUAGUUUCCCCCUAUACGCAAAGUGUGAUUGGUAUCAUCCGGUUGUCCCUCGAACCAUCGUCAGCGCAGGGCCCGUCUUCUACCCUCAAGUUCAAUGUGGUUAUGCGGGACAUGGCUGGGUUUGCAGAACGCGAAGGCACAGAGGUCCAUGCCCAGCUCUUCGUACCUGGCGUAUCUGAAGAAGGAGGAGCUACCACCACGCAAAUGAUCAGUGGCUUUGAUGAGAACCCCGUUCGAUUUGAGAGCGUGCAUAGUAUGAGCUUGCCGUUGUCGAGUCUGCGGACGGUUUCGCUGAAAGUUUGCAUAUAUGCCAAGGUAACGCCUAUGCACCUGGACAAACUGCUUAGCUGGGACGAUAUGCGUGACUCUUCCGAGACGCCCGCACCGUCAAAACGCAAGGCGCCACGUAUUGCCGAAACGGAAUUCUUUUCAGAAGAGCGCCAUGAUGUGUUUGCGCGCAUCCAGAUUCUGGAGCUUGCGGAAAGUGGCGACUACUUGCCUGUGGAGGUGGUGCAGAAUAGCAGCAUGGAUGCCGGCACAUACCAGCUGCACCAGGGUCUGCAACGGCGCGUUGCUGUUCACCUGACACAUAGUUCUACCGAGAACUUCCCCUGGGAAGACAUCACCAAUUUACGGGUCGGUUCAGUCCGUCUACUCGAUCCAUGGGGGAAGAUACCAGACCAAGACUUGCAGACGCCAGAUGUGCCGCUACGUUUGAUACAGGAGCCGAUGAUUAAGGAUAACGCGGAUGGCACGUCGAAUGUCACAAUCAUUGGGCAAUGGGAUUCCAGUCUUCAUGGGUCUCUGCUUCUAGAUCGUACAACGGCCGAGAAAUACCGCGUCCAGAUCUCGCUGCGCUGGGAUCUGGUCUCGUCGCGUGUCCAUGAACCCAUCGUAUUCCAGCUGGAUCAGACUCUUGUCAUUCUCGGACGCACCUACGUUCGCCAACAGUCGAUUCUAAGACAGAUUUGGAAUUCUACAAGAGUGGUGCAUUCCACGGUCGGCAUGUUUUCUGUUGUUAUCCGGCCUGUCUCUGCCAAACGCGCAGCAGAUCUUUGGCGCAUGAACACACAGAGCGAUUACGUGAAAGGCGAGGAACUGCUAACGAGCUGGUCUCCGCGAAAAGUAUCUCUGGUGCGAGAUUUUAUUGCAUCUCGAAAAAGAAGACAGCGCGCAGCUGAGCUGGAAGCAGCGCGAGGCGCUUUGGGGGCUGAUAGUCUUGUGGCGUCACCGUUGAAAGGCAGCGGCCGGUCCACGCCGAUGCGGAAUCAGGAUUUUACAGAGCGACAAAUGAAACUUGUUCAGCGUUAUCUCAGUCUCUGGUCGACGAGGAAAGAUCCCACCGAGACGAUUCUGGUGAAGACUAACACCGAGCAACCUACUAAUGGGGACGUCGUCUCCACGACCAACAAGAACAAUAAUAAGGCGCUCUUGGACGCUUCUGACAGCCACGGCUCAGCCCCGCGUUAUGUUGCGGCUGUGCAGACACUCAGCAAAAAUGCCACCGUCGCCAAGUCCAGCUAUCUGAUGAUGCCGGACGAUGACAACAGCACUCGCUGGGUGCGGCGGUUCGUCGAGCUUCGCGGAUCCUACUUGCACAUCUACUCUGCCCCCGAGGGCGACGAAAUCAACACGAUCAAUCUCCGACAUGCGCGGGUGGACCACGACCCAGACUUUGCGCGGCUCUUUGACAACAGAGCAGACGGGAUGGCUUCAUCGCGAGGCCGGCCAAACAUCUUCGCAGUGUACGGACCCCAGAAUACAUUUCUUUUCGCGGCACGCACAGAAGCACAGAAAGUCGAGUGGAUUCUGAAAAUCGACCAAAGCUACUUCAGCAACAAUGCGCCGGUGAACGGGAAUGGACGUCGCUAG